UACCAGUUUACGAUACCCAUGGCGCUCGUUGGAGUGCGCAAGCGGGGAAAUUUUGCGAUCAUAUAGAAGACUUUCACGUUUAUCGGAAUAUCACCAUAAUGUCUGUUUACCAGACAAAAAGCCACGUCGACAAGAAUGUUUCCAUGAUACUCAGUAAGCUGAAAACCGAAAAGGAGAGAAACUCCAGAGGUUUGAUAAUUGCCAGGCAGUAUUAUGAAGUAAAGGAAUAUGAGAUGGCAAAGAGGUAUUGUGCUCUCUACCUCACGGUCAAGGAGCAGUAUGCCCCUGCUCACAAGUUGAUGGGUCAAAUCCAUGAAGCUCUAGGACAACUGGACAGGGCAGUGGCUUGUUAUAAGAAAUGCCUUGAAUUGGAUGGAGCACAGAAAGAUUUAGUUCUGAAAAUAUGCCAGCUCUACAGCAAACUGAAGGUAGAUCCAGAUGUAGCAAAAUAUUGGGCUGAGAGAGCAGAGAGGCUAUUCCCAAACCACGAAGCUAUAUUUCAACUUAAGGAGCAGAUCCACAUGACAAAUGGCAAUACAGCACAUGACUUGGAGGAUUUAUUGGCAGAGGAACUUGCUAAACGUCCAACAGAUGUUAAACUCCGCCUCAAACUUCUGAAGCUGUAUCAGGGAAACUGGAGAAUCAAUGACGCCUACCAACACGCCAUCUCGGCAGAGAAGACAGGGGCCUACAACAGCAGUUUGGAGUGGUAUACUCACCUCGUGAACCUGUUCCAGGCCUAUAAAGAACAGGCUAAUGUGGACGCCAUGUUUUACGUCAACUACCUGAGCGCACUUAACAACCUUGUCACCCUCAGUAUGGGACACAGAAAUGUAGCUGAUUGUGCAGAAGCUUUAUAUAGGUUUGACCAAGCUCUGUAUGAGUGUACUGAAGCCAAAGUGACCAGCGAUGAUCUCCCAGUGUUCGAGACCGAGAUGGAGGGUCAGUUGUUUUAUCAUACAGCAACAUUGCUCCUGAAAAGAUCUCAACAGGUCAUAUGCUGGUUGAACUCAAAAAAGGAAAUGCAACAAAAUGGCUGCAGAAAGUUAAACAGCAACAGUGCACAGAUAAGGGCCUUGAAAAGUUGUAUGACUCAGCAUUUUUGAUGAAGGACAUGAGAGGGCAAAAGGGAAGCUCCUAUAUGUGCCAACACAGCUGUUUUACCAACUUUAUUGCCAGAUUCCCAAAUGACGACAGUCUUAGAGAAUACGAAAUGGUGGCUCACAUGUUACGUCCAGACAGCCUUCACCAGUUGGUGUGGAUUGGAAUGCAGAGAUACUCUGAAAAAGACAACACGCAGCCAGCUUAUAAUUUCCGUGUGUUUGAUUCCCUCCAGUACAGUACAGGGAACUUGCACACUGGAAGUGCAGAGUCACUUUGUCAGCUGGAUACAGAGGCAUUUCUCUAUGCAGUCAUAAGAACUUGUGUGAUGGGUCUCAAAGAACGCCAUAGCCUUAUUACCAGUUUUCCCGAGCAGCCAUAUUUGCUCCCAGCAUGCAUCUGUGAUGGCCUCGUAACCAAGGAGCAAUCAGAAUGGUGGCAGGCAGCAUACAAGUUGUAUAUGAAUAAAGCAAAGGAAAAUUUUGCCAAGUUACGUCAGACAUUACAGCGAGGCCUGGAGGUGAUCCGUCUUGUAGGGGCCCAUGGUAUGGACGUCAGAUUAGUGGCACAUCUGGCAAGGACCUUUGAGGAAAGGGUGCUGGAGACCAAGGCCCAGGGCCAGUCGGCCUUAGACAAUGCCAAGGACAUUGACUGCCUGCGUCAGAGAGCCGCCCACUAUUGGACUGCGGUCAUUGAUAUGCUGGACAAGAUAAAGAGCAACUAUGCUUGCUGUGUAAAUGGUACAUGUACAAGGAACAUCCACCCAAAGCAACCCAGACUGGCGCUUUUCCCGCCCCAGGGUGAGGAGCUGACAUCAAUGGAGAUGUCCGCCAUGUCGAGAGAAGCGAAAUUCUUCCUGGCUCAGGACGCAAUGGAGAUGGGAAAAUACGAGGAGGCGCUGGAGAGUUUGGAAGCCCUCCCGACACCAGAAGCCUCUCAUCUUCAAGCAAAGAUCUACCAGCAGCUGGCAGAGGAAGAGAGGGACAACCACCCAGAGAUGGAAAACAAGGAAGCAGCACUUCUCACCAAGGCUAGGGAUUCUCUAUAUAUAACUCUGGACAGAAUCCGAACUGACAAAACACAUGCCCUGAAUGAAGUGCUGUCAUCUGAGAUAGAAGAAGUGGAGAGCAAGCUGGGGAGAAUUGAGCCAGAUAUGGUCCCCAAUGCUGGCUCCUCAGACCUUUCAGAUCAGGAGGAGGCUCCGUCCCUGGCUCUUCGCGACAUCACAAACCGUUCCCGCUCCAAACUCCCAGCUCACAGUACGCCUCACAGGACGCGGCAUGGGGAGUUGGAUGCUGACUAUACCAACUUAGAGAAUCAUGGCCACCUUCGUCCCAGUCCAGAGCGCCUUGAUGCUGAAAUCCGUUCACUCCGCUAUUCCCAGGAGUCCAUGGUCCACCUGAUGAUGCAGCGGAAUGAAGAGCUGGUCGAGACAAACAAACGCUUCAUGGAUCAGCUGUUAGAGAGUCAGAAACGUCUGGCAGACAGCCAGAAGAUCAACAGCGAGCUGAUGGAAAAAAUGUCUCUCCAAGACAAGCUGAUCAGAGAGCUGGAAGCCAAAGUCGCCGCCAAGCACCAGAGCCGCCCGUCCCCCAUCCCUCCUCAGAUGACAAGCAGUGUACCCUCGCCCUACGCUUAUCCGCCCCCAAUUCCAGGCUACCCAGCUACCCCAUCGAGUUCACUUCAUUAUCUGCCGCCCCCACCCCCAGGGCCACCCCCAGGGACUCUGAGGUACCCCCCUCCUCCUGGCCCUCCCCCAGGGCCACCUGCAGACCCUGGGUUUAGAGGACUUGGGGCAGGACUUGGAGCAGUGCCAGUUGUUCCCACAGCCUAUGGAGAUGAUGGGUAUGCUGGAAUUGAUGGAGAGACUUACGAGGAUGACGGAGACUACCUGGAUGACUAUGGAGAGGAAGAUGGUUCUAUGAACAGGUACCAUAUACCAGAUUCAGAGUUGGUCCAGGACUGGCCAUAUGGCAACGUGACCAAACUGGAGGGGAAAUCCACCAUCACUUACUCCCCACAACAGCGCCCUCCCUGCCCCACUGCUGCCGUUGCCCCAAACUUACCACCCCCACCCCCUCAGCAGCCUCAGUUUUACCAAAUACCGGCCUACCUGCCACCUGGAUUCCCUCAGAUGCAGGCCACACCGCCUGGUGGUAUGUAUACCACAGGGCUGCCACAGAUUGCCCCUGGGUUCUUCUCCCUGCCAUCAGCACCUGGGCAGGUUGGGCUACAGAACACCACCCCUCUGGCUGCAGCCUCCCAUGUUAAGUUACCAGCCAUGACUGCAGCUGUGUCUACAGGGGGAGGAGUGGCAAGUCCUGGAUUGGCAGGAGUGAGACCGGCUGUUCCACCAGCCACCUCUGCCACCCCCGCUGCAGCUGUGACCAUGCCACCAAACGUGGUGAUGAACUCUAGCAUGUCAGAGCAGAUGUCCCAGGCUGCAACCUCCCCAGUGAAGAUUGGUGGGCACACUCCAUACAAAAUGGCCAUGCCUGCAGGUGGUGAGGCAAAGGACCCUGCAACAGCAACGACAUCUUCAGUUAAUGCUCCUGCAAUGGCAUCCUCACCGAAGGAUAGUAUUCUGAAAAAUCUUAUAAUGGCUGACACAACCAGCUCUUUGGUGUCAAAACCAACAUCUGAACCUAGCAGUCCCACAAAAGGUGGCCAUGAUGAUAGUGCAGGUGAAGGGCAUGAUGAAUCUUACAAUGGGGCCGAUUUUGAGCCCGUGAUUCCUCUACCAGAUCUGGUGGAGACACCUACUGGAGAGGAAGAUGAGGACAUUUUGUUCGAGAAUCGUGGCAAGCUGUACAGGUUUGCUGACGCUCAGUGGAAAGAGCGUGGAACAGGAGUGAUCAAGAUUUUACAUAAUACCAAAAACGGGAAGGUGCGUAUUCUGAUGCGGCGAGAUCAGACCAUGAAGGUAUGUGCCAAUCACUACAUCACGCCAGAAAUGAAACUCCUGCCAAGUGUGAACAAUGAUAAAGCAUGGUCAUGGUUUGGCAUGGAUUUUGCCGACGAGCAACCUACAAAGGAGAACUUCACCUGUCGGUUCAAAACUACUGAGAUUGCCUCACAAUUCAAGGAGAACUUUGUAAAGGCAAUUGAAAUAGCCAAGAAAGAGAAGACAAAGUCUGAGAAGACGACAACAGCAGCAGCCUCGACAACAGCAGCAGCCUCAACAACAACAGUGACCCCCAAAACUGAUGGUACAACUUCCUCUUGGGGGGCAGCGUUGAGGCCUCCAGCUGGCAACUGGGAAUGCGGGAUGUGUCUGGUGAGCAACCCUGGUGAUAAGACCACAUGCAUGGCAUGUCAGACUCCCAAACCAGGAAGUAAACCUGUACAGGAGUCCACAGGACAGAAAGUCACAGGGUUCUCGUUUGGGGUGCCAGGACUCCAGACAAGUAAGAGUGAGACAGGCUCUGCAAUAAUUGGAGAAGGAGGAUUCAAGUUUGGGUCUUUUGGGGCCACGACCUCUAGUGGCCAGCCUACUGCAGCACCUAGCGAUAGUUCUGCGUCUGCUGUGGCAGCAGUACCCAGUGGAGGUUUUAAGUUUGGUUCUUUUGGAAUAAGUUCCAGUCAGCCGUCUGGUGGGGAGAGCAGUAAUACAACAACAGCAGUGCCACCUAGUGGAGGUUUUAAAUUUGGAACAGUGCCAGCCCAACCAGCAGCUGCAGCAGCUGAAAGCACUGCCGUUACUCCACCUACUGGAGGUUUAAAAUUUGGUGGUGGUAUUACAGGAACUGGGCUCACAUUUGGUAAGCCUGCAGCAGCGACAACCAGCAGCUGGGGAUUCAAGUUCGGGACUUCUGAACAACCAGGGGGCACCACUGCAGCUACUGAUGGGACGAAACCGGCCAUGACAGUGACCAUUCCACCUGCUUCUUCUUCCUCUGAUUCAACAACUGAAAGGAAAGGAUUGCUGUCCCCACCGAAAUUAAAUGUUGACUCAAAAUCUCCUGGGGCAGCAUCCACCCUAUUGUCAUUGCUCGCACAGAAUCAUGAGAGUAGCCAAGAUAAAGAAAAGGCCCAACCCAAGUCGGAUGAUACAGCCAAGCCACAGUUUGGAGGGUUCACAUUCACAAGUCAGCCUAUUGUGAAGCAGAUUGAGGAGACUAGUACGAAGGGACCAAUAUCUGCUGAUACGAAAGCUGCAGGGGCAGCAGCAGCAGAGAAAAAGAAAGAGGAGCCUAAACCUUUUGCUGGAUUCAGCUUCUCAUCAAAUACUGGUAGCGGGUUCACCUUCACGCCACCCUCCACAACAGCUCCUAAGAGCACAACUGCAGUCAAAGCACCAGCUCCUGCAAAUGAAGCACCAAAAGAGAAGCCCAAACAGGAACAUGUGUUUGGGGAAAAUGCAUCAGGUGCUUUAUCCUUCACUAACCUGACGGAUGCUGUGAAAACAGCCGAUGCCUUCAAGGGCAAGGAAAAUUUCCAGGGGUUUGCCGGAGCAGGAGAGAAGGUGUUUGGCCAUGACACUUCCACCCAAGUUUCUGGAUGGUCCCUCACAAAGAGUCCAGGCAGAACUAGAACUGAGAGCGAGGGCACUGCUCCGGAGGAGUUUACUCCUCAAGAUGACUUUAAGCCCCUGGUAUCUCUGCCAGAAGUUGAGGUCAAAACAGGUGAGGAAGAAGAGAUUAAAAUUUUUGGCGAACGAGCCAAACUGUACAGGUUCGAUAAGGAUGCCGCUCAGUGGAAAGAGAGAGGAGUUGGUGAGAUUAAGUUGCUGAAGCAAAAGGAUGGCGUGGCAUUUCGUGUACUCAUGCGUAGAGAGCAGGUCCACAAGCUGUGCGCAAACCACGCCAUCACCAAGGACAUGGAGCUGAAACCCAUGUCUGACAGAGCUUGGAUCUGGCUGGCCGCUGAUUUUUCAGAAGAGGAAGUGAAACACGAAAAACUGGCCGUGAAGUUUAAAAAUGAGGCCCAGGCCAAAGACUUCAAGGAAAAGUUUGAAGAUUGUCAGAAAAAGAUAAGAGAGUAUGAGCUUUCAUCUGGGAAAGAAACCACGCCUAAAGAAGCAGGAGUCGACUCAACUGCUGCGGCCUCUGCAGGGAAGUCACUUUCAAAUCUCUUUAAGCCCAGCCCUGGCAGUUGGGAGUGCACUGGUUGUUAUCUAAGAAACAAUGCGGAUGUUUUGCAAUGCCCAGCCUGUAAUACACAAAAGCCUGGCACACCUACAGCACCCAAGCCACUCUUUACCACAAAACCAACAGGAACUUCACAGCCCGUAGAUAACUCUCUGUCUGAGAUGUUUAAGCCAAAGGCCGGGAGCUGGGAAUGCACUGGUUGCUACUGCAGGAACGAAGCAUCGGUUUUGAAGUGUCCGGCCUGCGACACCCUGAAACCAGGGGUAGAUUCAACUAAGGUAGAGAGUCAGGCUGCCCCAGCAGUUAGCUUUGGUACUCAGGGUAUUACCAGUGGCGGGUUUACAUUCGGAGCCAAGCUUGGUGCAUCUCUCCCCUUCACUGCUGGUAAAGAUUCCAGUAAGGAUGCGGCGCCAUCUUCGGGACAAGGGUUUGUUUUUACUUCAACACCCGCGAUAACACAACCCGUCAGUGGUUUUGUAUUCGGGAGCGGACCCAAACCUGCCCCUUCCACUACAUCCUCCGCUCCUUCAACUGGAUUUGUAUUUGGAGGUUCACAGGAUGUUCCAGCUGCAUCCACGUCCACAACUACCAGCACACCUUCAACUGGAUUUGUAUUUGGAGGUCCACAGGAUGUUCCAGCUGCAUCCACGUACACAACUACCAGCACACCUUCAACUGGAUUUGUAUUUGGAGGUCCACAGGAUGUUCUAGCUGCAUCCACGGCCACAACUACCAGCACACCUUCAACUGGAUUUGUAUUUGGAGGUGUUCAGAGCCUUCCUUCUGCAUCCACGUCCACAACCACCACCACCACCAGCACCUAUUCAGCAGGAUUUGUGUUCGGCCAGCCGCAAGGAAGCACAGGGAGUACGUUUGGUAUCUCUACGUUCAGUUGGAGUGGAAUCCAGCCUUUCACACCCACCAAGGCAGAUAAAGGGAAAUCACCUGUGAAAUCCCCCGUGAAAUCGGGUGCCCCGCUGUCUCCUGGCUCACCAGGGGCAGACAGUGACUAUUAUAAUGAGGAAGAAGAUGAGCAUGAACAUUAUUUCGAGCCUGUGAUUCCCCUGCCAGAUAAGAUUGAUGUAAAGACUGGAGAGGAGGAGGAAGAUGUACUGUUCUGUCAAAGGGCAAAGUUAUUUAGGUUCACUGACAAUGAGUGGAAGGAGAGAGGGUUAGGAGACAUGAAGGUUUUGAGGCACAAAGAAUCCAAGGCUGUGAGACUCCUCAUGAGACGAGAGCAGGUGCUCAAAUUGUGCUGCAAUCACUACAUCACACCUGAACUGGACCUUAAACCCAUGCCCAGCGCACAUGGGAAAGCCUGGAUAUGGCACGCAAUGGAUUUCUCUGAAGAUUCAGGGAAACAUGAGAAGUUGGCCAUUAAGUUCAGAUCUAAAGAGAUCGCUGAUGAAUUCAAGCAGGUCUUUGAAGAUGCUAGGGACAAGAAAGACAUUCCAGCCUUGCCAGAGUUCUCUGACGGAAAUAAAUCAGGAACAGGCACUCCUAAUCGAUCCCCGUCCAAAUCACAGCAGAGUAGUAGUUUUGUUUUCAAAACGCCCGACCUGGCAACCAGUCCAGGCUUCUCACUGGGUGCCAAGUUUGGAUCACCACAGGGAACAGGGGGUGGGUCUGUGUUUGGUGGAGGUGUGUCACAGGCAACGGGAAAGAGUCCACUGGCUGGCCUGAGUAGCCAUAGUCCAUUUGGAGGGAAAACGAGAGAUGAAGAAGAUGGAGAGGUAGAAUUUCUUGGCGAGGAAUUACCCAGUAAGGAGAAGAUUGAAAUGGCCAGGCGCUUCUUGUUACCUGACUGUUUCUACAACUAUGAGAAGAAACCUCCGUGUCCCGGUUGUAUAGGCUGUGAGGAUUGGGAAGAAAAGAAGAAACUGAUCCCCAAAAGUCCUGCAAAAGCACAAGGUGAAGGCUCGCUGCCUCAGUCAGGGAAAGAGAAGGCUGUGGUAGCAGCAGCAGAUUCCACCAGUGAAGGUGCGGGUAUGGGUAUCUUUGGCCAGUCGGCCUCUGGUGGGUUUGAUUUUGCUGCUUUAGCGGCCCAGGCAGGAAAGACCGGUGGAGGGUUUGGGAAAACCACAGAGUCAUCCAAAUCAUUCACCUGGGGUGGCACAGCAACGCCAUUGUUCCAGACUAAAAAAGCAGUCGAUGACGGAGAGGGUGAUGACGAUGAUGUGGAAAAGGCGCCAGAUGUCCACUUUGAACCUGUGGUAGAACUGCCUGACCUGGUGGAUGUCAAGACUGGGGAGGAGGAUGAGGAGGUGGUGUUCUCUCACCGUGCCAAGCUGUACAGGUUUGACAGUAACCAGUGGAAGGAGAGAGGAGUGGGGGAGAUGAAGCUGCUCUGGCACAGGGAAACAGGCAAGGUGAGAGCCCUGCUGCGUAGAGAGCAGGUGCUCAAAUUAGCAUGCAAUCAUUACAUAACUCAGGAAAUGGAGCUGAAGCCCAUGAUGUCCUCAGAGACCGCCUGGUGCUGGUUGGCCGUGGAUUUCGCUGGGAAUGAAGCCAAACAUGAGCAGUUUGCUGUGAAAUUCAAGACUCAAGAAAUAGCCAAACAGUUCAAGGCAAAGUUUGAAGAAUGUCAGAGGCUGCUGAGUGAACCCAGAGCUCCAACACAGGAGAGCUCCACUGGGAAACAAGACACGCCUGUCCCAGAGUCCCCAAUAGUUGCCACCACAGCAACUCCCCUGGGAGACAAGGGAAACCCUUACUAUACAAGAGAACUAGACACAGAAGCUAAAGAGGGAAGUAUAGCACCUCGGGUGGCAAGGGAAUGUGGCGGAGAUCGUGGAAACUGGCUUUACACGCGGGAGUUAGAUACAGAGGAAGAAGAGGGCGUGAUAACACCCCAAAAUGCCUCAGAAUGUGGCCCCAGGGAGGUAGAAGAGAAUUUAGAGCCAGAAAAGGCCAGCAUGACUGGGGGUGACUUAGGGAAUUGGCGAUAUACAAAAGAGCUCAAUGUAUCCGCACAAGAAGAAGUGAUCAAACCGUCUUCUGGGUGGGGGACAGGAGGGGGCGACACUGACUUGAUAGAGCCCAAGACAGCCUCAACCACAGGCGGUGCAGGUAACACACUUUACAGCCAAGAGCUAAAUACAUAUGCACAAGAAGAAGUGAUUAAACCCUCAUCUGGGUGGGGGACAGGAGGGGGCGACACUGACUUGAUAGAGCCCAAGACAGCCUCAACCACAGGUGGUGCAGGUAACACACUUUACAGCCAAGAACUAGAUAUCGCUGAACUGGAAAGUAAUAUCAUACCCACAAGAGGGGUAUUAACAGGUGUUGGAGACAGAGGAGGGGUCUUUUUGGGGGGCAGGGGUAGCCCAAUGUACUCCCACACUUCUGGAGUCGUAGACGAGGUGAUAACAGCCAAACUGGACUUCGCCACUGAAGAUGAUGUGGACAGCGACUCUGCACCUGCGAUCCAAGAAGACAUCAUCUCUUCAACCCAAGGUUCCGUCACUGGAGGGGGCCUCGGUAACACAAAGUACACUAUGGAGCUUAACGCAGCAGCAGCCGAGGGUGUCAUCUCACCUGCAAUGGCUUGGCAAACUGGUGGAGGUGACACCUAUCCCAGGGUUCCAGUGGAGGAAGCAGUGGAACCGUCGUCAACCACUGGCACUGGGGGAGGAGAUGGGAAUGCGCUUUACUCUCGAGAGCUUGAUGUGGAGGAGGCUAUCACACCUGGUCAUGCCUCAAUCACAGGGGAUAGGGGGAAUCCUGAGUAUUCUAGAGAGCUGGGAGAAGAUGUUGAUGAGAAGAAUGAAGAAGAAGAAGAGGAAGAAGAUGAUGAUGAAGAUGAUGAACAGGUUCUCUUUGAGAAGAGAGGAACUCUUUCUUACAAGGAGGGAGAUAAGUGGAAGACUGUGGGCAUGGGCAACUUCAAAGUGAUAUAUGAUGACGACGUGAACGGCUCUCGCAUCUACAUGUGCUCUGAUGAUGACCAGAUGUUAUGCAGCCACCUUAUUCUGCAGGAGAUGAGCAUAGAAUGUAAUGAAAAACUAAAGAGCUGCACCUGGGAUGCCCAUGACUUUGCCACAGAUGAAGCUGUGAGGAAGAAUUUCAGAAUUCAGUUCAGCUCUGCCCAGGCUGUGAAGGAGUUUAAGGACGUGUUCAAUCAGGGUUUAGAACUUGCCAGAGAGAGCGAGCUCUCAGAGAAGGACAUCAUCACAGUGCCCUCAGAGAUUAUGACACCAGAGGUCGCUGGUAUUGGAGCGACACCUGGUGAGGAGAAUGAUGUGCCUUUCUACCAGCAGGGGGCGACACUGAAGGACCUAGUGCAAGGUGCUCUAGAUACAAAAGAAGAAAAAGAGGGAUAAAAAGAUUCAAUUUAAACACAGAAUGUUAAAUGUUCACUUGUUAACAACAGCUGUUACAGGAAUCCUAUCGCCUGCCCAUGUUUCAAGCACAGUGCUGUUCACAUGCAUAUUAUCUGUCAGAACUUUAUGGAAUUCAACAGGCAAUUUUGACUUGGAAACGAACUCAGUUUUUUUAUCAGUAUCACAAUUAUGGACAAUAAAAUUCAUUAGGACAUUUGGAGGAGAAGAAAUGAUUUUAGGGAGCUAGAGGAAGUGCCUUGUGAUUAUUGAAGUGAACUGGAUACUGAAUUUCACUGUGUUUUAGAGAGAGAGAAUUAUUUUGGUUGUUUUAUACACU